AUGGACCAUGGGUCGGAUGAGGAAGGCGAGGACUAUCCUCUUCUUAUCGAACAACGCUGUUAUCAAGAAGAUGAUCAGCGGGACGGGAAGAGCCGGACUCUUCAAUCCUACUGGGUCCGCGUUAGACAACCAUCGCCAUCAUGGAUCAUAAUAAUCUACACGUGCUAUCAAAUCAUAUUCGGAAUUUUGGCUGUCCCUGAAUUAAAUGCGACCUUUGCCUUGAUCUGCCAUCAACGGCACACUGGCCAGACCCAAAAAGAUGCCCCCAACACCCGCGAUCUUGCCGGGGAACUUCAACAAUGUUUCGCUAGCGAGGAUGCGCAAGCCGAUCUAUCCCGAUUCACCAUGUACGGCCAGAUGAUAGCUGGUCUUCUGGGUGCCAUCUCAAGCCCUAUCCUGGGCUCGCUGUCCGAUCGCGUCGGGCGCAAGCCGAUCCUUGCCUGCGUCGCGAUAGGACCUUUGAUAUACGAGGCCAUCAUGGUUUCAGUCCUUCGCUAUCCGGACUCAAUAAACAUGCACUGGUUACUAGUCGGGUAUGCAUCCCAAGGACUGAGUGGCUCGUUGAUCACUGUGACAUCCACGUCGCAGGCAUACAUUACUGAUUUGGUGCGCCUUCGCGCCCGGGCACGGCUGUUUAGCUAUCUACAAGCUGCUUUAUCGCUGGCUGCGUCGCUGGGCCCCGUCAUUUCGGGGCUUCUCCUCACACUUCCGAAUUCCCUGGAGAAUAUAUACAAAUCUGCGGUCUACGCGCAUCUAUCCCUUAUACUAAUAUUUCUCUUUGUAUUGCCGGAAUCCCGCAGCUCCCAUCUUGAUAAUGCCGAGCGGGACGAAUCAACACCAGAGCAAAACACCAGCGAGACCUACCUCCAGAUAUUUCUACAGUCGCUGAGAUCGCUGAAAGAGUACAGCACAUUCCUACAAAGGAAUAUUGUUAUCUUGGCCGGGAUAGACAUGUUCAUAUUUGGAAUCUUGAUCGGUCUGUUUCCCUUGCAAUUAGCUUACCCGGCGUACUUGUUUAAAUGGCAACCGACUACACAGAGCUUCUUCACGUCGAUGGUGAACUCAUGGAGCAUACUGGUGCUCGUUCUGAUCUUUCCCAUGAUCAUGGCCCGGGUAAGGCGAUGGAAAAAGAUAACAAUCACCCCAAGUCUGUCUUUAUUCAAUGUUGGGGAACUGGGCGCCAUCCAAGCGAGCCUCGCCCUACAAAUUAUAGGUUACGUUGGCAUCGCUCUAGCACGGUCGCCUGGAGUUUUCAUCUUCUCUUCCUUUAUCGUCGCAUCUGCUGCACCGCUCACUCCUCUGCUGACAUCGUGUCUCACCGCGCACACACCUGAUCAUCAAUCUGGGCAGCUGUUGGGGUUUCUGAGCUUUUUGCAUGCUAUUGCUCGAGUUGGGGUUCCCGCACUGCUUAAUGCUACUUACAGCAUGACCAUUGGUAUUUACCCGGCACCUCUGUUCUUGCUGUUAUCAAUAAUCAUUGCUGGGUUGCUUAUUGCGAGUAUGUCUAUACGGACAAGCACAAACACAUUGUGA